ACUCUAGAGUGGGACUUUCUCAAUCCUGCUCUGGGGAAUAAUCUUGCCAGGGUGCUGCCCCUCUGCCCUGGGGAUUGGACAUUGCCCGGGUGUGAGGCCAAUCAUCAGCAGAGCUGAGGUAGCAUCAUCAGUCACCAGGCAAGGAAGCCCAGAAAGCAUCUUCUUUGGACAGAUAGUCUCCAGACAAAAGAAAAGACUGUGGGCAGGAUGAGAACUAAACCAGAAGUGCCCAGAGAGGGGACCCCAAGCUCUGUGCCAGGCAGGCAGCAGGAAUCUGCACAGAGGACUCUUGCUGCCCCUCUCAAAGAAAGAUCACUGCAUCAUCCACAAGGUUUCACACACUUCCCCAAGAUGUGACCCUCUGCAUUCCUCGCACCCAGAAGAUCUGCAGCCUUCAACACACUUUCCCCCACCAAGCAUUCAUGCAACCCUUUCCCCACUUUAGUUACCAUGCACACCAGUCUCCCUCCUGUCUAGGUUCCCUCUCUGUUUCCAUUCUUCACUUUAAACCUUUCUCUUUUUGAUGGUCCCAUGUUUAGUGACCAAAGGGCCAAAGUCCAGGGCCUCCACAGCCCCUAGAAGCCCCCAAACCCUCUUUAGUCUGUCCCAGGUGGUGUGGUCACCUGGUGGAGCAUGAUGAUGCUUCAAAGCUGGACUUUGAAGAAGCGAAAUAGAAAAAACAGUGACGCUUUUGAACUUUGAUGCUGGAGAAGACUUUUGAGGAUACCAUGGACAGCCAGGAAAACAAACAAACAGAUCAUAGAAUAAAUCAAUCCAGAAUUUCACUCGAGGCACAAAUGAGCAGGCUCAAACUAUCAUACUUUGGACACAUUAUGCAAAGACCCAGCUCCCUUGAGAAGUCCAUAAUGCUGGGGAAAGCUGAAGGAAAGAGAAGAAGAGGACGGCCAGCAGCAAGGUGGAUGGACUCGAUUAUGACAGCAGUGAAUGCACCACUGAAAGACCUUCAAGGCCAAGCUGAAGACGGAUCAUCCUGGAGAUAAUCUAUCUAUGUGCCGCCAAGCCAACACCAACUUGAUGGCACUUAAUCAAUCAAUCAAUGUUUAGUGAGAGCCACCCUUGUGUUGGGUUGGGAUAAGUUUCCUUAGCCGAAUUCCAGUGGCCAGAGGCAAAUGGGAGCCCCCCUGUAUUUUCCUGGCAACCUCUGAGUCCUCCCCACUGUUCUAUUGCCAAGGGGAGAAUCACUAUUAUCUAGAGUGCCCCCCACAGCCCACCACAUGUGCCAGCUGCAUCCCCAAACUGGAAACAGAAUCAGAUUUUGAAGCCCACAAAUAUAAAGAUUUCACAACCAACACCCCCUCAUUACAACCCCAUCUCUGCUGCCCACACUAGAAUUGGAGCACAACAGGUGUGUCCACACUCAAGAGGAAAGAGGGGCCCCACACACCAUAUGCUCUGAAUGAGUGACUCUCCUAGAUCAGAAGGAAAAAAGCAGCCCCCCCCCCCUUCAUAUACUCCCGCUUCAAACUCUCAGGUCAGGACAGGCAGAGCUCUUGCUUGAUUAAAGGUUUUCACUCAAUCUCCUAGUGAGGCGUCUACGGGAAAAGUUUCACCUGGUAACAGGCUGGUCAGCUCCAAGCCUUUUUCUCAUUGGCUGAAUUUUCAUGGGCUUCUCUGCCCCCUUCAUCGAUUCCACCCCAUCCACACCCACCCCACAGCCACUUUGAGGGCAGGACUCUGCUUGAGCCAUUGCUUCUCUUCUGGUUCCUCUCUUCUGGUUUGCACACCCCGUGGCUUGCUUAGACACCCACACACACACUUGCCCCUGGAAGAGCUGAGAUGGCCGGAGACGGAGCCCUGUUUCACCUCUGCCUCUGGGCACUCCUUGCUUUGCCAGGCACCAGAGCUGUGAAAGUGGACACUUCCGUAGAGCUGGACUACUUCCAGGAGAGCUUCCCUUCAGAAAAGAUGUCUGGGGAGUUCUUGCAGGAGCUGAACGAUGAGGAGGUCUUCCACGUGGACUGGGACAAGAGGGAGACUGUCUGGAGGCUGCCUGAGUACAAGACAUUCACCGGCUUUGACGCACAGGGCGCCGUGGGCAACAUGAACAUUAUGAAGAACAACAUGGAGGUGCUGAUGCAGUGGAGCAACCGCACCCGGGCCCAGAAUGCUCCUCCUACAGCAACUGUCUUCCCCCAAAACCCCGUGGAACUGGGAGACCCCAAUGUGCUCAUCUGCUUUGUGGACAAGUUCUCACCCCCUGUGCUAAACAUCACCUGGCUGAAGAAUGGAGAGGAGGUUUCCAAGGGUGUGACAGAGACAGACUUCUACCCCAGCACAGAAGCCACCUUCCGCAAGUUCUCCUACCUGACCUUUAUCCCGCAGCACGGAGACUUCUAUGUCUGCAAAGUGGACCACUGGGGCCUGACCCAGAGUCUCACCAAGCUCUGGGAUGCCAAGGAGCCGGCUUUCAUCCCAGAAACAGCAGAGAACGUGCUGUGUGGCCUGGGCUUGGCCUUUGGUAUCCUGGGCAUCAUCGCUGGCACCGUCCUUUUCUUCAAGGCCAGGAAGAUGAAUGGUGGCAACCAUCCCAGGGGGCCCCUAUAACCGGAAGCAGCAGAGAGACCAACUCCAUCCUCUGACAGGCAGCCACUCUGCAAGCCCCAGAAGCCCGCCUCUCUCUUACAUCCCUGGUCAAGACUUUGCUGCCUCAAUAAGCCUGGCCCUUGCUCACCUGAUCUGCUCCUUUCCAUCCCAGGGCCUUCCAGUGCAACUGAAGCAUGGCUAUUGUGCAAUUAGGUAAAAGCGGAAUUAAGACUCUGGUUCACCAGGCACUACCUAUAGCUCUACAUUUCUCCUAAACAAAUACUUCUGUUUACUCAAAAGUAAGUGCUGCCUAGAAAUGCAGCUAGAAUUGCAGUCUUCAAUCAAUAGAGGCUUCUGCUUUUCCUGGCCAUCCCUUUAUUGACAUUGGCCCUUUAAUCAGCAGUUGCCUGUCCCCAGCUUGCCAGGAGCAUUUUAAUUACUUGUUUCUUCUUUGCAACCAGAGCAAUUGAAAAGAGCACAGUUAAUAAAAUACAGCUAAGCACUGUUCAGCCACAAGCCUUGUGUUCAGCCACAAGCUGCACUUGGGGUGGGGGGAAAUAUUGUUUUGCUUCUGCUAAUUCCAGGGUGGCGUGAAGACCUUUGCAAGUCAUUGAAACUCUCCCCUCAAGCCUUUGAAAGUCUCCCCGAUUCCCUGACUUCUCAGAUUUCACCAAGCACUGUUUGCAUAUUUUUUGAGCCAUUAAGGGCUAGAAGGGCUUUCCUUCUAAGGUGGCAUUUUUGGAAUGUUCAGUUCUGCACCUGAUAUCAUGUACAGCAUGACUGCAAAAUAUCCACAGGCCUGCCCAGGGAGGGUUAUGGCUGGAAGGACUGAUCUUUUGUAUUAUUAUUUGCUGGAUGACAGAGAAGAUGCUCUCUCCCUGGGGAUUUGCAAAGAUGUGGUGUCAGGGCAGAUUUAGCUGCUUAGGCUCAGGGUGACCCUUCUGGAUCUGAUUGCAAAUACCCACAAUCAAGCAACAGGAUGACAUUGUAGGCAGAAGCCAGCUCUCCUUGUCUUCCACUGUCCAAGGUGGAGUCCUUCCUCCUGACUCUUUCAUGUGGUGGCAUAUUUGAUUAUGGAGAAUUUAGGAGGUGAGUUUUUGCCUUGCACUGAAGGCAUCUAUGGGACAAUUCUGUAGCACCCUCUUAGAUUCUAGCUCAUCUCUGGCAUCAGGCAUGGCUAGUCACCCCCUAAAACCUUCAUCUCCCUCUUUAGUUUUUGGAAAGAGUCUUGCAGUGUUCUGCACAUUGCACUGCAGUUAAGUAUCCCUCAGGCAUAUCAUCCUGAUUCAUCACUAUCUCCAUGAACUCAGCCCCACUAGGAAGGAUUCCUUCAGCUCCUGUGCUGAAGGUACAGUUUCUCCAAGGCCCCCAGUGCUGAUCUUCUCACCCAUCUAAACCACCACCUGAGCCCAGUGGGAGAUGCAAGGCCCUACCUGGGUGAAUUGGGGGAAGACAGUGUUGAUUUUAAGCACCAACUUAGUUAGCUACAACUUAGGGCCUUACAUUCAGAGGGACCUCUGAAUACCAAAAAAAAAGGACUAAAUUUUAAGAUGUUUGUAAUUAGUUGAAAAAUAAAAGAGAAAGGGUAAAAAAAGAUUCCCAGACACAAUUAUUUGGCUAAGACAAAAAUAGACUUAUAUGGCUACACAAAUACUUAUCUAUUGAGUUUAUAAAUCUGAGCAGAAAUAAUUAAGUUAUAUCAAAAUUUAUUAGACCAGGGACCAGUAUAGAGCAACGGCCACCAUCACAGUUACCGGCAGCAUUAAGCUCUUCAGAUGAGUACCGAUGUAACUGUGAAGUGAGGGGUGAAGUGAAGAGCGGGGUGAGUGACAUGCUAGGGCAGGAUUUCUGACCCAUUUUGUAAUGCUAUGGGGCCUUUUAAACUUGACAUAGCUUAAGGUCUCAGCAUGUUAUAAUCCGGCCCUUGGGGAAGGAUCUCCUUCCUCCUAGAAUGAUCCAGAAUGAUCUUAAUUCUACUUUUCAUACUUUCUUCUGCGCUCUUAUAUCUAAAAGUAAUGAAUAAAAUGGAAAUUUUAGGAA